UUCAUUGGAUCAAAUGUUUAUGCUACCUUCAAAAAGAAAAUAUGCUUUUGCAGAAUGGUUUUUUGAUGUUUUUUAAAUAAUUUAUCUAUUCAUUUGUUAAUUAAUUUUAUUAUAAAGAUGCCACGUAAACGGACAACACGUCUAAAACCAACAUCAAAACCAGCUAAAGGAGCUGUAAUAGCAAAAGACUUCUCUGAGAAUGAAAAAGAAGAACAGCUUGCUAUCUUUCUCAGGGAUUACGACUUGAAAGUGAAAACAGUUAUUAAAGAUAUUGAAAAGAAAAAGCGAGCUAUGUUGACUUUUAUACAAACAAGAUUUGAAGAAGUUAUUUCAGAAAUGCCUUCAGAAAUUAAAAAUUUAACGCUGAAAGAAUUUUCCGAGGCUGGUGGCACAUAUGAUUCAGUAUUGGCGCAUUGUAAGAAACAAAAGAGGCUUGCCCAGUUAGAUAAUGAGUUAUGGAAACCUGUCAAGGGUAAUGCUGAAUAUCUUGAAUGCAUUGAUGAAGAAGGUGCAGAGCCAACUAAGCAAUCUGAUCUGGCAAAAAAAACUCCCUCAUCCAAACCAAAGCGUCAGGGAAAAAAUUCAGCAAUGCCCCCUCCUACUAAAAAAAAUACAGUUUUAAGACAAGUAACUCCUUCAACUCGAAUGAGAACUAGAUAUGGCCAAACACCUUUAAUAACACCCAAGUUUGACCCAAAUCUUCCCCUUACACCUGAAAAUAUUCGAGAUGUCAAACCUGGAGAGAGGCUGAUGUCUUUAGCAGGAAGUCCUGUCCAGGUGGAAAAAGUAAAUAAAAAAGUGAUUGAUGUGGUGGACAAGAAAGAAAUAGCCAGUGGGUGGAUGGACAUCGCAGGCGUAGAGCUGUCUCCAAGCACGGUCGGCAAAAUGCUGCAGUUUGUUUCAAACGCUAUCAAAGAGACAUCGUGAAGGUGAAGUUUAGUGGGGUAACUGUUGGCUCUUUGGUUUUAGAAACUGAACCAUGUACAAAUUUGUAUGAAUGAAUAGUUUGCUUUUAUACUAAGAUUUGUAGGCGCGAUGUGUAUGAUAAAUUAAGUGUAUAAUAUGGGAUAAUUAUUUGUACAUAUUUGUUAAAAGAUACAUGAUCAGCCAAUUUGUUUAUAAUAUGCUGACUGUGUAAGUGUACACAGCUCUGUUCAAUUCUAUUUAUCUCUCAUUUCACAUUACAACGCAUCUUUGUUGUCACAUGAUCAAUUAAUUUUAAUAUUAAAUUAGCGUGCAAUUUUCUUGUAACCACGGCUACUAAUUUUGAAAUAUUUGUGGGUCAGGUUCCCUGAAGCUUUUAAUUUUUAAAUUUAAAGUUUAACAGAAAUAAGAAAAACCAGGACAGCAGUAGCUGUUUACUUUUAUUAUGUUGUAUUCACCAUUUAAAUUUGUAGGUAAAAAUAUAUCACUAUGUUGUGUUUGUUCAGACUGGCUAGACUUUGUUUGCUGUUUUAAAUUCCUAAUGGGCUGUUGCCAUUAACACCUGCCAUUAUUUAUUACCUUGUCUACUACAGUCACCUCCCCUGCCAUUUUUGACCCACCUUACGUUGUACCAUACAUUCUGGCCAAAUGCCCAGCCUCCCCCUGCCCCCACCCAUUCAUGUAAUAUUUACCAUCUUCACCCAACCGUUUAAUGGAACUAUUGUAGAUACUACCCUUGUGUUCUAUUUCUCUCAUCCUAAUAAUAUCUGUAGUUUCUAUUCUCAUAUUGUUCACACUGGCUUUAUCAGCAGUACUGCAAGCAUGAAUAUUUGGUGGUUUUUAUUUUUUGAUAUUCCAAAUUGUUUUUUUACACAAAUUUGGUCUCAUUUGCAGUACUGCAAAAAUAUAUCAAUGGUCUUGUUAUUUUUUUUUUUUUGAGAAUCAUUUUGUUUACAUGAAAAUUAGUUAACUAUUUUAAAUGAUUUUGUCAACAUGUGUAUAAAGAAUAAUUAAUUUUAAAUUUGCUUGUAUGUUUAAGUAACAUAUUUAAAUAUUACUGUAAAGCAAAUAGCAAUAAAUAUA